CUGUCUGUCUCUCCUUCACACCUAAAGGACAGCGGCUGGAGCAGAAGACGGAUGGACAGAAGUUUAAAGAUCAGAAGUGAAUCGUUUGAAGAGUUUAAUGAAUCUGAUUUUCACUGGACUUCUUUUGUUAUCAUUUUAUAUUUUGUGGACAGAAGGACAACUCAAGAGAACAAUGAGUAGUAGAGGAAGGGACGACCUCCACUGGACCACUAGUUGAUCCAGGGUCAGCGCAGACGGCUGGAUGACCUUUGACCCUUUGACCAGACAUUUCAAUAAACAGAAGAUCAGAACCUCCGACUGGAUCCAGUCCGGCCGUACGAUGGCGGUGAGCGGCGCCGGACCAGAGGCAGCGCAGUGAGGGCGAGUCAGACCUGCGUGGCUGGUGUGAUGUUAGCGCGUCGCUCCCUGCUGCUCACCUGGGUGAUGCUCACCACUGGAGUCCAAAGCUGGAGACCCUGCACCGACUUGCUACCUGUUGACCUGUUGGCCAGAGCCCUGCCGCACCCGGGACAAGUCCCGCCCCCACAGUUGCAGAUGGUUCAGUCCAAAGGGUCCAGAGGUCUCCGAUUGGUCGGCACUGUGGCAACAACGCUGACUUUUCCCGCCUCUCAAAUCUUCAGCAACUGCGAGUAUUUCCCUGCUGAGUUCUCAUUGGUCGUCACCUUCAAGAUACAGAGACUGAAACCGAAGAGGAAUGAGUACAUCUUCUCCUUGGUGGAAGAGGCAUCUGAUUCGCUGCUGCUGGGCCUGCGGGUCUCAGGGAACCGCCUCUAUUUCCUGUCUGCGGCCCUCGGUGUCGGUAGACGGAGCCGACUGAGCUUCAAGGAUGUUGGACUUGAUGACAACCGCUGGCACACAGUGGUGCUAGCUGUCACCGGACUCUACGCCACGCUGACCAUCGACUGUGGACUUUCUCUUGAGCUUAAACAGGUCCAGUCGUUCCCCAGCACUCUAAGCACCAAAGGGUCCAGCUUCUUCAUCGGCAGUAGGAGGAGUUUGAGGGGGCGCUUCACUGGUCUUCUGCGUCAGCUAGUUCUGCUUCCUGGUUCAGAUGCCACGCCCAGACUGUGCCCGACCUCUGACCCCAGCCUGGCUGAGCUGUCCAUCCCCCAGGUCCUAAAGUCCCCGGCUCUGCAGCCUGAGCAGCGAGGCCCAGUAUACCCAUACGAAGCGGAGGCCAGAGUGACCCUGGGUGAUCCUCCUCCAUGCGCUGGUGCAGAAGAGGGUCAGCUGUGGUUCAACGCUCAGAGGAAAGGCCUGUUCAUCUGUGAGGGGCUCUCCUGGAGGACUCUGCUGCAGCAUCAGCAGCGUCUGGACUACGUGGAGGACCACCAGGAUCUGUACACCAGCUCAGAGACCUUUGAUGUGGAGGUCUUCUCCAUCCCGUCUGAAGGUCUGUUCCUGGCUGCAGCCAACAGGGACUCCCGUCCCGGUUCGGGUAUCUACAAAUGGAGGAAUGGGUCCUUCCAGCUCUACCAGAACAUCAGCACUCAGGAGGCUCGAGCCUGGAAACACUUCACCGUCGGAGAGCAGUUUUUCCUGGUGGUGGCGAACUCCGGGGAGGCUGAGCCCGAGCUGUCAGUCAUCUACCGGUGGAACCAGCGGCGCCGGCGGUUCCUCCGUCACCAGACUUUGGAGACUCAUGCCGCUCUGGACUGGGAAGCCUUCCACAUCCACGACCACAGCUUCCUGGUGGUGGCCAAUCACAGACGAGCCAGAGACUCAAAUCACAACAUCCAGAGUGUGAUCUACAGGUGGGACGCAGCGACAAAGAUGUUCGAGGUGAACCAGACUCUGUCCACCUCAGGAGCUUAUGACUGGGAGUUCUUCUCCGUGGGGCCGUAUCACUUCCUAGUUGUCGCCAACACCUUCGACGGUCAGACCACCUCUGUCAGCUCCACUGUUUACAUCUGGCUGGAUGGCUGCUUCCAGACCUUCCAGAGCAUCCCGACGGUCGGAGCGACAGACUGGGAAACGUUUCAGAUCGACGGACGCUUCUUUCUUGCCGUCGCCAACAGCCAGAAGGUCUCCAACCGCGGACCGAACCUCUACAGCCUCAACUCCACCGUGUACGAGCUGAACCGCCUCACCGAGACCUUCAUCCGCUUCCAGGACAUCGUCACACACAGUGCUGUGGACUGGGAGUUCUUCACUAUCGGAGAGGAGAAGUUCUUGGUUGUGGCCAACUCUCAUGACGGCAGUUCCUACUCUCUGAAUAGUGUUGUCUACAGGUGGCAGGGCUACGAGGGCUUUGUCCCGGUGCACAGUCUGCCAACGUUUGGCUGCAGAGACUGGGAAUACUUUAGCAUCGAUGGAGGCUCCUUCCUUGUGUACUCUAGCGCCACCUCCAGGCUCAGCAAAGUCUUCAAACUCAAGACCUACUGAAAGAAAGUAUAUGGAAAGCUAAAGACAACUACAAGUUCAGCUAGCUUAGAUGCUAGCUGAACGCCUACUUCAGUCCUAUUGGAAGUCGCUCCGUGUCUGAUCAGCAGUUUGACUUUCAAAACAACUGUAAAACUGUAUGUUUCUUAUUGGUCAACGCAAUGAAUUCUGUUAUUUUGUUAAUUUCUGUUAUAUUUGUCAAACCAGCAGUUUUACUGUAAUUGUAGUUUGUAUUUUUAUAGAUGACAAUUACUGAUAAGCUAUUAUGAAAAUGUUAAUUCAAGCUGCUUCAGAUGAUUGUGAUAUAUUUAAUUGCAAUAUUGUUUCUUUUAAACCAAAGGUACAAACAGGUCAAUUGUUUAAGCUGGGUAUUAAUCUUAAUAUUACUUUAUGUUGAGAGUUCUGCUGCUUUCACUGUUUUUUACACCACUGGAGACAAUGUGGGGCCCUUUGGUGUCCUUUAAAUAUCAUCAUGUAGCCACUAUAUUACGUGUUGUGUUUGCUUGUAAAUACCAGUACACAAUAGUAAUAAUAUAUUAUUUUCAUGAUAAAUAACUUGUUGUCCGUGACAGAACUUCUAGUUCAUAAUAUUCCAGUUUAUAUGAGUCUAAAAAACGUUUAUAUCUUUGUGUGAUAAUACAUUAUCUGAUGUUGCGUAUUUUAUAUUCAUACAUUACGAUAAAACAAAACAAUACAACUUUCCCGUGAAGAUGUAACAAUGAAUUGAUCAAGAGCAAUGCUUUCCAUAUACUGAAUGACACUGUGACAAGAUGAAAGGCCCUGGAGCAGAGGUACUGAGCGUCCUCUGCUGUGGCUUUAAUAUUUACAGGCUGGAUGCAGACUGUGCAUCGCCUCAACAUCAACAUCAGCUUCUUCUCGCCAUCCCUACUCAACAUGUCUGCCUGAGAGCCUCAAACACUUGAGAACCAAACCCUCACGCAGUUAGCGGAAGUACCUAGUAACAUAUUUUAUGUAACUGCCACACUCUGGGGACAGAGAGACAGCCGCUCCACAGAUGAGAUUGAACGCCUGUAAGAAGAGCUCCUGGCACCGAUCCGACAAUAGGUCAUUAAACUCAGUCAUCAAACUGGCUGCUUAGGAGGAAUCAGGAAUCAGGAAACAUUUAUUAGCCAAAAUAUGCCAAACAUACAAGGAAUUUGUCUUGGCGGUUAGUGCGCGACAGUAGACAGACAAGACAACAGUGCACAAGUAAUAAAAUAAAGUAAAAUGAAAUGCUAAUGCAAUGGGUUAGUAGAAUAAGGCUAUGGGUUAGUAUAAAACAAGGGAAUAGUUAGUUAGCCUGAAGUGUAUGGAGCCAAAUCCAGGUC